AGUACUCACAAACGGGCCAUUUUGUAAGCGUACCAAAUCAAAGUUGCUACCUUCCGGCACUGGAACAAAAUUUCACUUGCUCCGCUUGGAGAUUGGAUCCCUGGAUCCACUGAGGUCAUCAAAGCCAUCGCCAGGAUCACUAUCAUAAUGAGACGCCACCGGGUGCAAUCGCCGCUGCAGAAUCGAGGUCGCCGUUUGAGGAGCGGAUUGGAGCCGCCGCCGCCAACUGAAAAUGCGGAGGAUGACAGGAUGUGCUGGAUUUGCCUGACGGGCGAUGAGGAUCAACGUCGCCGGGAUUGGGUGCAUCCGUGUCGCUGUCGCGGCACCAACAAGUGGGUGCACGAGUCCUGCCUGAGUCGCUGGGUGGAUGAGAAGGAGAUGCUGUUCCCGGAUGUACCGGUGACCUGCAACCAAUGCCGCACGGAGUACAUCAUAGUGAUGCCGCCACCGUGCCGCUUCGAUACCUUGCUGGAGCGACUGGACAAGGACUGCGAACGCCUGUGUCCCAGUGUCCUCAUGGGCAUCUUGGCGGCCACUGUCUACUUCUCUGCGGUAACCUAUGGCGCCCUCACAUUGCUCGAACUGGCGGGCUAUGGUGCGGGCAUGAAGCUGCUCCAAGAGGAUCCAUCGCUGCUGAUGAUCCUACUGCCUUCGGUGCCGACGCUCCUGUUGCUGGGCCGGAUGGUGCGCUGGGAGGACUGCGUCAUCCGUUGGCUGCGUCGGCACAAUCAUCGUGCCAUUCCCGUCGAGCAUCUGGAUGCUGCGGGUCAGCCACUGCCCGGUGCUCCGCUGGACGACGGGUACUUCGAUGAGCUGGAACGCGAGCAUCUGGACGCGGAUGGCCCACUGGGCGCUGCCUUUGGAACGGAGCAACUGGGACGCGCCUCCACCAGCUUCUGCAUUGCCCUCAGUCUGCCCACCGUAUCCGUGCUCCUGGGCCGUACACUCUACGCCGGCAUCUACGAGAAUAACAAGGUGCUGAGCAUCCUGCUCGGCGGUGUGACCUAUGUGACCGUCAAGGGAUUGGCCAGCAUUUUCCUAAGACAGUCGCAGUACCAACGACGACGCCACAGAUUCGUGAUGGACUACAGUCCACUCAAUCGCAUUCACAACCAGGCCCAGCGGCGCUGAAGGCAUCUGGAAUCCAUCAAUUGCAGCAGGGACCUCCCCACUUUAUCUAUGUUUUAUAGUAAAAAAUCUACAUAUAUAUAAAAAAAAA